UGUACACCUUAUGUAUUACAUAGUGGAAACAGAGGUAACGCAAGUAACCAUCCACUUGUCAUCGAGAUAGAGCAAGUAAAUACAGGCAGAGUUUCUCUGUAUUCGUUUUUAGGCAGUUCAGCUAAUCAGUUGGUUUUUCUUUCUUCAGCAAAUCUACCGAAAUUCAAAUAGGUCAAUGUCCUAUAGAGGUCGAUGCCCUUUAAGAAGUUUGUAGCUUGGAGAAUAACUGUUCAAAAAGGAUUGAACUUUGUCGGAAAUAUCUACGGAGCAGGCAAAGGUGCUCGCAAGGACUUGGAAGGCAUCGGAUUCGGUGAAGGAAAUUUAGACGGACCAGGCAAAGGCGCUGAGAUUAAACGACAGAGGUCUAGUAUAUAACACUAGCUAAGUGGCUUGAGCUGGUGACAGUAUUGGAUUUGUAGGAAAUGGCUCAAAUGAGCAUGGCCUCGAUUAUCGAACCGUAUAGGAAGGGUACGCCCUUUAGCGAUUGGAUAGAUCGUUUGGAAUUUUGUUUUACCGCAAAUAAUAUUACUGCUGAUUUAAAAAAAGCUCAUUUUUUCACUCUGAGUGGUCCGUUUGUGUUUGCAGAACUUAAGCUUUUGUAUCCUACGGGGAAUUUGAACGAUUUGUCGUAUGAGGACAUGAUAAAAAAGUUAAGAACACGCCUUGACAAAAAACCGUCUGGUUUAGUACAGCGGUUGAGAUUUUCGAAUAGGGUGCAGCACCCUGAUGAAUCCUUAGAGGAUUAUGUCCUCGCAGUGAAGCUCCAGGCUGAAUUCUGUUCUUUUGAUACUUUUAAGGACCAGGCCGUAAGAGAUAGAAUUAUCUCGGGUAUAACAGAUACAGCCCUACAGGAAAAAAUUCUAAAUGAGGAGGAAGACUUAAGCGCUGAAGCCACAGAGAAGAUUAUACUGACAUGGCAAAUGGCCAAGUCAAACGCCAAAUCGCUGGGAAUAGGGGGUAAACCUGAGACAAUAGCAUCGAUUAACCCAACAAAUUCUCCUCGUGGAAAGGUUUGGCAAAAACUUAUGAAUGCUUACUGCAAUUCGCAAGCUGCUAAUAAUUUUAGCACUCCCAACUCAUCCAGGGGUCCGGUAAAAUCUAGAUUAGGUUACAGACAGUAUGGUCGAGGGGAAAUACCCAAAUCUCAUUUGAAUGGUUCGGAAAGAUUAUAUGAACGUAAGAAGAUAGAUUAUUCUAGAUUGACAUGCGAUUUUUGCGGAGUAAAGGGCCAUAUUAAAAAAAAAUGCUUCAAAUUGAAAAACCUAAAAAGGGAUGCGGUAAAAUUCGUCGAUACCUAUGAGAAGCCUGGGACCAGCCAAAGCAAAUCGUUGAACGAGAUUUUCAGCCGGAUGUCAACACGGGAGGACAGCGAAGACGAACCUGAUGCAGGUGAUGUUCAAUAUUACAAUUGGAAGCGUGCCGGUAAUGGCACACCGUUCCCAAAUACGGAUUAGAGAUAGUAGUCCGGGGAGGAGAAACUUACUGGUUUCUUGGAAGCCACGAACCGAAAUUGGAAGAGAAAACGAGAACAACACUAUGAGUGACGAGGAAGAAUUCAGGGGAUUUCCUGAGCAGGAUCAACCAAGGAAAGGUGUUAAAAGAAAGCUGAAUUUGGACCAGGUGGAUUUGCCAGCAUUAAGAAGGUCGAAACGGUUGCGAAAAGCAAAUCUCGAUCAUAGUUACAUUUACGAAUGAAUUGAAAUGAAUUUUAUGAAUUAUGUUCUAAAUGAAUUAUAACGAAACCAUCAGGAAAGCCUGAUUUCGAAAUAUUUUCAAACUGGUUUCGAAUUACUUUCAAAUUGUAAUUAUUGUAAGCAAUCAUAUGUACAUAUUUUAUUAUUUAAUUAUAAGACAAUUUUAAGGGAAAAGUACUGAUAUGUACACCUUAUGUAUUACAUAGUGGAAACAGAGGUAACGCAAGUAACCAUCCACUUGUCAUCGAGAUAGAGCAAGUAAAUACAGGCAGAGUUUCUCUGUAUUCGUUUUUAGGCAGUUCAGCUAAUCAGUUGGUUUUUCUUUCUUCAGCAAAUCUACCGAAAUUCAAAUAGGUCAAUGUCCUAUAGAGGUCGAUGCCCUUUAAGAAGUUUGUAGGUGAGUAUAUCAUUACUUAGAACUUUGUGUUCAAAGUGCAGAGAGAUAGUAAAGCGACCUGCUCAGAUUCCCUUCCCUUCUGCUAAUUCACCAUCUCCUACCAUGACAACACGAUUACCAGUGUGAGUGAUAGCCUUCCACGUCCGUGUUUACAUGUGAGACGGAAGGUUCACUCACUGCGGUAAGUGUAGCAGAUAUGCAUUUUACAGUGCUCAAUGCAACGGUUGGAACUCCUUUUCGCGCAAAUUCCUAUUCACUGUGAUUGGUGCUAUCGGCAGGGCUACCAAUGUUUGACAGUCAUAAACG